GAGCCGUCUCCACUCACUAAUUACCCCUCGCGCAUCCACGCCCCUCAGCUGAACAGACCAAUUCAUCAAAGCAGCAGCAGCAAUGGCCAUGGCUUCCACCUCUGCCGCGGUCGUCCUCCAAGGCCUGUCCACCCCCUUCCUCUCCGGCUCCCGGACUCUCCUCAACGCCACAAUCGGCGGGAGGUCCUCCGCGGCUUCGUCUCGUCGGCUCAUCGUCGUCGCGGCCGCCGCCCCCAAGAAGUCAUGGCUCCCCGGCGUCAAGGCCGGUGGCAACUUAGUCGACCCAGAGUGGCUCGAUGGCUCGUUGCCGGGGGACUACGGGUUCGAUCCGCUGGGGCUGGGGAAGGACCCCGCGUUCCUGAAGUGGUACAGGGAGGCGGAGCUGAUCCACGGGCGGUGGGCCAUGGCGGCGGUGGUGGGCAUCUUCGUGGGGCAGGCGUGGAGCGGCGUGCCGUGGUUCGAGGCCGGCGCUGACCCGGGCGCCAUCGCGCCUUUCUCCUUCGGCACCCUCCUCGGUACCCAGCUCCUCCUCAUGGGGUGGGUCGAAUCCAAGCGGUGGGUCGACUUCUUCAACCCGGACUCGCAGUCCGUGGAGUGGGCCACGCCAUGGUCGCGAACCGCCGAGAACUUCGCCAAUGCCACGGGCGAACAGGGCUACCCCGGCGGUAAGUUCUUCGACCCCCUCGGCCUCGCCGGCACCAUCAAGGACGGCGAGUACGUGCCCGACUUCGAGAAGCUGGAGCGGCUCAAGCUGGCCGAGAUCAAGCACGCCAGGAUCGCCAUGCUUGCCAUGCUCAUAUUCUACUUUGAGGCCGGACAGGGCAAGACCCCACUUGGUGCACUGGGAUUGUAAGUUGUAAACCAUAAGACUUGAACAAAUGUAUUAAUCUACCCUACUGUAUCAUCGUUGUCAUAAUUGUGUCAUUUCUAGAGGUACUUAAGGCGGCAGCAGUUAGUCGUCUAUAAAAGAUCUUGUAGAAUUAAUGCUGUGAGUUGAUUAUGUGAUUGAGUUACAGGCACUA